AACUCUGUCAUGAGCGAAACAACAAAAUGUGUUCCUAAUGAUGUGACCAGUGACUUCCGGGAAGAAUUUGUAAAUUAUAUUUUCGCCUUUUUAUUGUAUAUUUCGGACAGUUUUCAAAGGGAACAUCAGACAGGAGCUGACGUUGUUUCUCAAAGUUGGCGGGCGCCAAAGUUUUAUGCAUGCAAGACAAACCCGGGAAAUACUUUUUUUAGGCUAACUACACCUGUGCACUGAAAUUCGUCUUAAACUUACCGCUAGUGCUAACAAACAGGCAGCAGUGCUCCGAUAAAGCAACGGGGUGAACAGUGAAGGAGUGCAUCACCACAGAUGAGUAAGAUGAGGCACUUUGCUGAUGAAGAGAUCCUCAGACUCGGUCAGAAACCACCUGGCACUCGUGAAGAGCCUCCAGCUUUCUCAGACGUGAACGCUACCCCCAUGGCUAACGGCAUGAACCAGAGCAGUGUGGUGUGCUUCCCCUUGAUCUCUGAGAGUAGGAAGUUUGUGUGGGUGCAUUCACACCAGAUCGACUCACAGAUACACGGCGCUGCAGAGCUGGACAAGGCCUUUGAUAGGUUUCCCUACCUAACACACAGACAGACCGCCGAACUGGCAGAGAGUUGCCACCUGCAUCCUGACCAGGUGAAGGCGUGGUUCAUGGCACAGAGGCUCCACUACGGCAUCAGCUGGGACUAUGAAGACAUCCGUGAGGUCCAAAGGAAGUUCAACUCAAGUCAGGAAAAGAAGGAGCUUCAAGACGGGACGGAGAGAGAAGUAAUGGAGGACGGAAGAGAGAAGAGAAAGGUGAAAGCAACUGGUGGGAAUGCAAAGGGAAGAGGAGUGAGAGGAGACAGCGUAAAGGUUAAUGAGCAGUUGAAGAGAGACAUGAAGAAGGAGCAACCAGUGAAGGAGAAAAAAAGCAGCACGCAAAAGCGAAAAAGGACAACAGCAGCAGAAAAGAUGGGAAAGAAGAUCGUGAAGCGAGAUGAGGAGGAGAUGAUGGAUAAAGUGGAAAGUGGGGGAGAAAAAUGCCCCAAGUGUCGUGGCAGAAAAAGGAAAAAACCAAGAGUGAACAAAAGUUGCAUGCAAGAGGAGAGUAAUGCACCUCCGGCUCCCAGCUCUCUGCUCAGCCCCCAGGCUGAAACCCAAACUUCUGAUGCAUCUCCAGCGCCUGACAACCAGACACAUCUGCUGCAGAGAGCCGGCGAUCCCCGCUCCACCAUAGACGGCGACUUCAGGGGGGAAAAAGAAAUCAAGGGUGCAGAUCUGCAAGCAGAGCUGGACCACAGCGUUUUCAUCACUGACAUUGACAAACUGAAGGCCCUCAUCGAAGUGAAAAACAGCCCCUCUUCCGCCGACCCUGCAGCUACUACUCGGCUCCACUGCAAGACGCCGGCCCAGCUGGCGAUGAUGAAGAUGGCGUUCCUGCAAUGCCAGUACCCAGACAAGCAGCAGUACAGCCGGCUGGCAAGGCUGGUCGGUGUGCCACGCUUGGCGGUCGUUCAGUGGUUCUGCGACAUGCGCUAUUUCAUUAAGAGAGGGAGGCCUCGCUGGAUGAAUGAGGAGCAGCGCCAUCAGGUACUGGGCAACAUCAUGUAUCAGCAGUACAUGAACACGAUGACUAAAGUAAAGUUGACCAAUAGCAUGAACUCCUGGAUUAUGAUGCUUGAAGGGAACAAAGGCUACAGCGAGGAGAAAAAUAUGAAGAUCCCUCCAGAGUAGAAAUAGCACAACAGCUCUUAUGGCUCAUAUAAAAAACACAGCUGGAUCGUUUUUUAGUUCCUCUGUUCUUCAGGUAGUUGUCAAGUCGUUUAUCAAGCUCCCAUGUUAGACAGACCCCUGUUUCCAUUUUUUCCUGCUGUUUUAGUUAGUGUGUUCAAAAGAUCCUCAUUUGGAUUGUAGGUGCAGUUUUAGUCUGUUUAUGCUGUGCAGCUGUUUUCACUGUUUUAAUAAAAGCACUUUUAUUGCUCUUCCA